UCUCUGGUAGGCUUAGUUAGUAAUGUUGGUAAUGUCACUAAAAUGUCUGUUUGAAAAAAUGUGGUACAAUGUGCAAGGCUUGGUCGAAGCUUUUCGAAACUUUGAGGUCUUCGACAUAAAAACGACCGACGAUUUGUACCAAUUCUUCGUCUUUUGCCACCUCUUCUCUUGGGGCGUGCUAGUAUGGAAAUUGCGGAACACUUUGUAACAUUUAAUUUCAAAUAAAUGUCUGGGGAAUUUUGUUCUAACUUUCAUUUUUCUAGUUUCAAACUUUCAAAUGAUGCCACUUCAGCCCGCCAGUGAAACUUUGUUUACAACCUAAUUUUUGCAAUUUGCGCCCAUUUACAAGUUUUUACACAACAUUUAAGCCCAAAGCUUCAAAUGGCCGAUAAAUGUGUCUCAUCUUUGCACAUUCAAAAGCUGGGACACGAAAUUCAAGAAAUACGAGAACGUGCCCUCCUUAACAUAAUCUCGAAACUGGACCACGGGUUCGAGUUCGACAACCCCUUGGCCCGGAGCCGUGAGAUUUUGACCAAAUUGUUUGAAUGGUUUUUGCUUGAACCCUGCACGAAGCAGGAGCUUGUCUUCAAGCUGAUUCGACGCAUUCUUGAGUCAGCAAGUGGCCAAAUUUUACUAAACCAUCAUGGGAGCGCCCCCUUUAAAAAGGAACUCGCGCAAAUCCGGUCGUACAUUGAGCCCAGAUUUUACCCCCAAUUGGAGGAAAUCGUGCGGGUUUUGGACCAGUGUAACCCCAUUGUGCCCCCACUGGAGCCCGAGGUGCCCCUCAGCCACAGGACGGGCCAGUCCGAGCUGGUGGGGAGCACGGCAACCCCCAUUGAGGGGUUUGUGCACCAGGAGCCCUCCGCACACCAACGCAACACCCCCCGGAAAUUAGACAGCCCCCUAAUAAACAACAUUUAUCCUCUGAGGUGGCAAAUGCUGAUUGAAGCAGACCGACAAGUGUUACAAUCGAUCGAAAAUUCCCUCAAAAGUCCGCCACAACCCGCAGCAUUGCUCCACUCAGCUGAGUUUUUCGCUAGCGUGCUUUUGCGCGAUUUUCCGGCCGAAGUCUUCCUCCAAAGACCCACAAUUAUAAUGGUGUUUCACGAUUUAAUCAACAAUUGUACGUCCACUAGAGUCACAAAUUCGGUCCUUAACUGUUUAAGUCAAUUGACUAAAGCACUACAAAUUCGGAUCAAUCACUACAAUGACCCUUGUUUGUCCACAUGUAAGGAAAAUGCCCAAUCAAAGGCCACAACACCCGUCACGUGGUCGCCAAAAUCGAGCCUUUCUGGGCGGUCACGUGACGAAACUGAACGUCCUGAAAACGUGGACUAUUUGAAAACGCAACAAAUUUCUUUUCCGCGUUUUUGUUUUAUGAAUUUUAGGUGUGUUUUGAAAUUUUUGUGUGUCAAGCCCGAAAGUAUUAGGUCAAGUGGGCGGAGAAAUAAUCAGCGAGGCGUUAAUUUGGCCCUGAAUAUGCUGGAGGAGCUUUUAAAUUUAUUAAAUCUAGUUGUCGGGCCCGAAAUUUGGAACGAGGAGGCACAGACGCCUCUGAUUCACGAAAUUCGGAGGCAAAUGAACGACGUUUUGAUUGAUUAUGGCGACGCUUUGGAGUUUUUCAGAGUGGAAGCUGUUAGUGAUGAUUCAAAUUUGCAAAACCGAGUCAUUCAGUUGUGUGUUUUACACAAUUGUGGCGAGUUUUUGACCCGGUUUGUGCCCUUGGCACAAACCGGAGUGAUUUUACCGAGAAAUUUGAAAAAUUCGCUCGUUGAUAGUCUCGUCGAUAUCACUUUAGUCAAACUAUACCCGGACUUAUACAACACCCUUCUUAGUUACGUCCAAUCUUUUAAAGCAGGCCUUGACAGUGAUUCUAUCGUAAAAUACCAUGAAACGAAACGCGUCUGUGAUAGCAUGACAUCUGCCGUUGAGUUUAUGAAACAAUACCAAAGUUUAAAUGCCCAUGAAGGCAUACUUUUGGCCGAAAAAUCUCUCCCAUGCCUUGAAUUUCACCGAGAUUUGACGUUUGUGAAACAAGUGGUUGAUCUAAGUGCCAAUAAACUACCCCUCUACCCCAGCGACGACACACUAAUUGAAACAUUUGAAACCGUCAUUUUAAAACUGCUGGGACAUAAUUUAGAAACGGUCCGUGCGGAAACGUACAAAUUGUGCCAAAAAUGCAUAAUUGCGACGAUCGGGCCCAAAUUGAACAAGUCCGGGACUGGCGUGCCGGGCUCUCAGAUUUUGUUUCUCUGUCGGAAUAAAAUUCUAGUUGAAAUAGCGUGCCAUGGAUUGACUAGUGACAAUUCACAGAUAAGGGACUGUGCCGAAGAUAUUUUAAUUCAUUUAAUUAAAUGUAAAAUACUCGUUUCUGGCGAUAUUUGGGAUAGAAUAGUGGAGGCCUUGAUUGGCUCAUUACCGAUCUUGUUAUGUCAUGUUAACAAAAAAGAAUCGCUCGGGCGCAACCUGCUCGAUAUCACCGAUCCUGACACGGCCGAAACUUUAUUUUUGCCCAAAAGUGAGGUCGUAAAAGCCAACAUUUGUUUGUUAUUCACGUGCGAAAAUCAAGCCCGCGAGGAGGCUUUUUCGCGCCUUUGUUGGCUCCUAGCUUCGCAAACCGACUCCAGAGAGUUGUUACCAAGGCUCAACAAUCUCUACGACAAAGCCUUACCAAACGUGUGUCAAAUUCAGCGCCUUUUCGACGUUAACAAAAACCGAACCACGCAACAUUUCUAUCAACCGAGCAGUUUAAACCAAGUUUUGGAACUCCUGAAAUCGUCAAAUGUUGAACCGGUGAUCCGAAGAUCAGCCCUAACCCAAAUCAGCGUCAUGAUGGAAGAUCCACUACUACACUCAACCUUCCUGGCCCACAACGGCAUCGAAGUUUUGUUAUGCGUGAUCAAGUCGGCACUGACUGAAAAAAAUUUCAUGGAUUACCCCGAUUCUGUGAUUCCCGCAGUCGCCAUUUUGAAAAACCUGUGCCUGUAUCAGACAAGUGCGAGGCAGUGCCUCGCCGAAAACAUCGACGUUUUUUACAAUGUUUUGCGCGGUUUAUUUAUGUUUUUCACCGAGGAUAAGUUGAGGCACGACGCCGUUUGUCUCUUGUUUCUGUUGUGCUACAACGAGUUCAUCAAAGGGAGCCCUUCCAAGGCCAACUUUUCAGUGCCUCACUUGUUUACUUAUAAGUUACACGUCCCGUUUACGUGCAACACUCACUGGGAGGUUAGUCAGUAUUAUGAGGCAAGCCUCAUGGAAUUAUUGGGUUCGGAUCGUUGUUGUCUUGCCUCGAUUCAAAUCCAGUGGAAUUGUGAGAUUUUCGGCGGUUUGGACGAGUUGUUGGCACGGAAACGGGAUGAUUGUGAGGUUGUGGAAGGGCUGAGGCUGAGGCAGUACGACUUGGCGGUUUUGCAAGCUUCGAGUGUUGAUUUUUGCGUGAGGCACCACUUGGUUGAGGCACAAAACGGGACGAUGCACGAGUGUGUCACCAACACGAUAAAUAAAUUAACAACGUACGUGAUUUUGUGCAAGUUAAUGCCGAGGCACGACCAGUUUUUGGAUCAUGCUUGGGAGGCCACGUUUUCGCGCUUUUUGAAAGUCCUUCCGUCGAGCGAAGACGACGCGAAGCUGCUAAGCCACGUCUUGAAGUUUCUGCGCCACUUGGCCCCCUUUUACAAGUCUUCAGAGGGGCCUUUUUGGCUCACACAACUGCUCAAAAACCCCUCAUCGUGUCUCCUUGAUUUAAUAUCAGUGGAACCGUCAACGAGUGACGAUUUUAAAAAUUUGAGCCGAGAUUUACUAAAUUUAAUUACUUUGUGCGCCACAUUGGAGCAACAUUUUUUGGAUUAUUACAAUUAUUUCGCCUCAAAAGUGCCACAAACUGGCCAAACAUCAUGGAUUAAUGUCAUUGAGAUAAUCUCGAAUUGUUUGAAAUUCACCGACAGCAGCCACUUUUACAACCUUUCUUAUUUGGACUCGUUGCUCGAUUGUUUGGUACACUUGACGGCCAGUUUAGGCUGGACUUGUUCGAAACCCAACCAACACACAAAACAAACCCUAUCUGAACUGGUCUCAUCCUUGUGCGAAUUAGUCGUAGUGUUUCACUGUAGCAAAGGCCAAACGGCCACGAUUUCGGUCAUGGGCGUGAACAUCACUCGAAACGUGAUUUUAAUACUUAACCAUCUCGUGGCCGAAAUGCACAACUCUAAAAUCAAAAAUUGGCAACACUGUUUUCUCAACGUGGACGAAAGCGAUUGGUUGAAAAGUUUUCUAGUGCUUUGGUCAAGUCGUGAUGUUCUAUUGCGCGCUGGAGCGGUGCAAUUGUUUGCCGGAUUGGCCAAAUCACCGAUGCUUGCCAUUAAAAUCGUCAACGAGUUAAAUGUUUGGGACCUGUCUUUGGGGGUUUUAAUCGACCACGAGGAGGCGAGCGUCGUAAGGGAAAAUUGCGCGUUUUUGUUGGCCAAUUUAUUGGGACACUCUGUAGAUUUGGAUGCAAUUUCCUUAAUGACCAGUCUUGUGCCAAAUACCUUGCGAAAGGGUAAAGACGAAGUUACCACAAUUUUUGAUCUUUUCGAAGAUUAUGAGUUUUAUAAACACUUGGUUAUUAUCCUGAGCCGUCUUUACACCCUCAAUAUUAUUAAUUUUGACACUGGGAGUGUGUCACAAGUGUGCUGUGACGCCUCUUCGAGUAGUACCAACAGUACGGAGCAAAACUACGCACCAGUCGCGCCAUCUUUUGUUAAAAGUUUGGCCAACUUGCUGUUGAAUUUAUUUAACUUGAAUGAGGACCUUUUGAGUUAUAAGUUACAGGAUUUUGGGAUUGUUAAGUUGUUACUUAAGGCCGUUUGCAAUCCCAGUAUGUGUGUCAAUGAUACGAAAAAACUGUCACUCUAUUGUGACAUUAUCGAAAUGGAUGCCACUAUUUGUACUUUAUUGGGUCAGGUGGCUAAUGCCAACACAACUUGUCUGGGGACUAUUCUACAUACUAGGGACUGUUUGACGGUUUUGGUGUCACUACUGAACACGAAACUAUAUCAUACCCAUCUGCCCCAAUUAUUGUGUUUGCGUAACCGACUUUGGAGCGAAAUUUUCAGACUUUUGUCGGUUCUCACAACGGCGAAGAGUUUCGACCAAUCAGCGCUCGGCAUUUUAAGCCAAACAAUUGAAGAGUCGGGUGCGCCAUUUCUUGAGACUGUGUGUGAAGCUGCCAAAAGUCUGGCUUUUGACGAUUUGCAGACUUCGGCCCUCUUGUCACUGACUGCGUUAUUGUCACGUGAUAACAACUUGCUCCACAAUUUUUCAAAUUUAACCGAAAUUUUGCUAAAUUUGUACGAAUUGUGCGACUUGAAAGCUUCCAAAGACCUAGUUCGGAAAAAAUCCGUGAUAACGGGGGCGCUAACGUCAUUAUUGGGGGCGUCACCCGGGGCGAAACAGUUCGCCUUGGGGGCAGGGUUGCCAACUGUCAUUGUUAAACAACUGAAGGAGUUUCAUCUCAAGUUGAGUUUGGAGUCUGUCGAUUGUUUACGGCGCGUUUUGGAGAAAAAGAGAGUUUGUCCCGUGUUGAAAGACCUGGAUGAGUUGGUCGGUUUGGUUACGAAUUUCAUGGUAGGUGAUGGUAGUGUCAAGGAUAAAUUCGCCCAGUUGGGUUUGGGCGAUUUCGUCCAUAAAUUAUGGGUGUGGUUUGCGCUGCAAAACGGGCAUCUUGUCGACGUUUUGAGGAUGUUGGCAACAUUUACGGCCGAUUGUGCCACAGCGUGCCAGAGUUUGCCGCUGACGAGCGCAGUUGCCGGCACUGGGCCUCGCAAGCUACCAACCAAAAUAUCACUACUUCAUGUGAUUAUCAAUACGAUUGAUAAGGAGAUGGAGCAAGUCAGUAGAACACGCAAUUUGAGUGUCCUUGAAUUGUGUUUUGUUAUUUUGGGAAAUUGUUGCUCGGUUCUCGAGUGUCGAAUUUUGAUUUGUAAAAGCGCUUUAUUGAACAGUGCGGGACGGCUACACCCCGCCAUCACCAAAAAGCAGAAACCUUGGGACUUUGUCGAGUCUCUUUGGCUCGAAUUUUUGCAAAUUUUUUCCCUACAUCCGGAAGGACAGUCCCACAUUGCCAAAAAUAGCGACGUUUUCGACUUAAUUUUGUCCCUAACUUCCGGUAAAUUACCGAAUCGCACAACCGCGCUUUUGGUUUUGCGAAACAUAGCGUUCUACCAACCCAACCGGUCGAGGCUGAUGACGUCAGGCGAAUUUUUGAACUUGCUGAGGGGUAAGUUGGAGAGUGGCUCCCGCGAGGAGAAAGCCACUGUUGUUUUAAUCAUGUGGUCGCUUUCUGCCAACAACCAGAAAGCGAAAAUCGCCUUCAAAGCCGCAAAACUGGACGCGCAGUUGGAGCAAAUGUUGAAGCAUUACCAGUUGUCGUCAGAGGUGCCAGAUGAGGAACUUGAGACAAUAAAAUAUGUUCUAAGUGUGAUCGGGGACAGGGAUUUAUGAUGUUUCUACUUUUGUAUUUAUUUUAUUUCUAACGUAAGUGUAAUUAAACUUUUAAUUCAUAGUGUUGCGUAAACGCUCCUAAUGCGUUCUGGAAGUUGGAAAUUAUGACAAAGAAAUGAUGUUGUUUUAUUACCUCGCCAGUCGUCCGGACGUCUAGUCCAGCCUCUGAGACGCCAGAACUCGUCGUUGUUGGGGUUGUUUUGGUUGCUUCUGAGACAGUGGUCCUCGUAAUCACUCUCAUCUUCCGACUCACUGUCGUACUCAGACUCGGUCUCGUACUCUGUGCUUUCUUCUAGAAGUUGUAAAUAAGUUAAGUUAUUGUUGCACGUUUCUACCAUAAAUCAGGAAUAAUUAUUUUGAUUUUGACGAAAACAACUUGUAUUAACGUCACCACAAUUAAAAUAAUGCUUACCGUCA